AAGAUGAUAAUAUUCUAUAGUAUAAAACGAAUACAAUGAAUCUGCGACGCCAUUUUCGAGUCAGAACUCAAUCAGCGACUUGUAAAAUGGUCUCUAAAGCUCUUUUCUUGCUAAGCGUCCAGACGCUCCUAAUCAAGUGCGCGCUGAGCCAAUGUUUUGGCCGUGGAUUCUACGGCGCUGGACUGGGCAGCCCUUACGGUUUCGGAUUUGGAGGUUAUGAUGGUUGGGGCUACGGUGGGUGGGGAUACGGAGGUUACCCGGCUGCCGGAUGGGCCGGUGGAUGGGGUGCAGGCCUGGGCUUCGGUGGCUGGGGCUUGGGUGGUUGCGGCGGAUACGGUGGUUUCGGGGGUUUUGGUGGCAUUGGUCCCGGAAUCGCUCCAGCUACUGGUCUUGCUGGAUCCUUCGGCGGUGGUCUAGCCGUCACUAGUGCUUCUCCUAUCGCCCCCACUGGCCUCGUUGUAACCUCGGAGAACGCGAUCGAAGGUGCUGUCGCUGUUGCUGGCAACCUUCCAUUCUUGGGUGCUGUUGCUACUGAUGGUGCCUUCCCUAGUGCCGGCGCUGGUGCUGUGGCUUACGGCUGUGGAGACGGCGCUGUUGGCAUUGCUGCCGAGGCCCCUGUGGCGGGUUUCGUCGGCCCUGCCAUCGGGUACGCGGGAGGAUGCGGCUGCGGUGUUUACUAAUCUUCGAUUCAACCUGGCGAUUUAAUCUCAAAAGAACAUCCGUUUCGGCAAUUUUGUGAAAAAUAUAAUUGGCUGUAAAUGUGUAUUCAAAAAAUUAUAUUGUCACCUUUUGAGAAUAAAGUUGUGAACAUUGAUCAAAUUCAAAAUGCGUCUGUGAUUUUUGUUGUAAGUAAUAAAUACAAUGGAUUGUCUCUCUUAAAUUUAGUUACAAACAUAACUGUUUAAAUGUAAUAUAUGGAAUAAUAAAUUCAUCACAAAGCA